UUUAAUAUAGUUUCUUUAGAGGAUGGUACGAUUUCCGAUAUUUCUCCAAACUCCACAACCUUUGGCCUUUCUAAUUCCAAUCCAUGACUUUCUUCCCACGUAAAUCAUUAACCUCACGGCAGUCUUGAAUCUUGUUCCUUCGCCUGUUUGCGGGUUCCAUUGCGUCACAGACUCACAAUUCCUGUAUACUCCAACGGAUUUCCAUUUCCUUCUUCCCAAUUAAUUUUGGAUUUCUUCAUUUCUCCCACUUCUUCGGCCGAAAUCAACGGUUAAUUGACGAAGCCGCGCUUUUCAAGGAUGAGGGAAAGCGGGAUUACGAAGCGAGGUGAAUCAGGCAAUAAUCCAGCUCUGGAAGAGCAUGAUGGUUUGAUUGAGGGCCUUAUUCCUCAGCUAUUUACAUCUGUACCCGUUCUCAACGGGGCUGCUUCUUAUGUAGCACAAACAACUUCAUACUUUACUAGCUGUUUUUCUGUUGACCCUGACCUUAGAGAACCCAGGAAUUCUUCUUUACAUGAAGAGGAAUUAGUGACGUUUCCUUCCAGAGAACCUGCAGAAACGCCAUUCAUAAUCAGUGCAGAUCAAAGCUCUAGUUCUACACAAUCAAUAAUUUCCGAACCAGCUGAAGCUGCGAUCAAAGUUCCACCUGUGCAUACUGAAGUUUCAAGGACUGCCGUUGAAGAGUCAUCCGGCCUUAGUGGCAGUCUUCAAUUGUCAAAUAAUACUGGUCGGAACGGCAUGUCAAUGUUUCAAGGCCUUAUCGAUCGCGCUCUGAGGACAGUACGUGGAUCUGCUGAUGAUAUAGGAUGGCUUCAAAGUGCAUCUGGAAUGCCCUCGGUUGAAGAUGGAACUGAGAGGUUUGUGGAAAUCUUGGAAGACAUCAGGCAUGGUAUUCACAGAUUACCUAAUUCAGUGGUUUACUUGCUUGUUCCAGGACUUUUCAGCAAUCAUGGACCAUUGUAUUUUGUUGAUACAAAAACAAAAUUCUCUAAGAUGGGUCUGGCUUGUCAUAUUGCAAAGAUUCAUAGCGAGGCUUCAGUGGAGAAAAAUGCAAGGGAGAUCAAAGACUAUGUGGAAGAAAUAUAUUGGGGUUCCGGAAAACGUGUAUUAAUUCUUGGGCACAGCAAAGGGGGAGUAGAUGCAGCAGCUGCCUUAUCAUUGUAUUGGUCUGAUUUGAGAGAAAAGGUUGCGGGCUUGGCAUUAACUCAAAGUCCAUAUGGCGGCAGUCCAAUAGCAUCUGAUAUCUUGCGGGAAGGACAGCUUGGUGAUUAUGUAAACGUACGAAAGCUUAUGGAGAUUUUGAUUUGUAAAGUGAUCAAGGGAGACAUGCAAGCUCUAGAAGAUUUGACGUACGAGAGGAGGAAGAAAUUUUUAAUGCAGCACCACUUGCCAGCCGAACUCCCCGUGGUAUCAUUCCACACCGAAGCCAGCAUUUCACCUGCUGUUUUGGCCACCUUGUCUCGUGUUGCCCAUGCGGAACUACCAGCCCCACUCUCCACUGCUCAACCUGCAAAACUCCCUGUAGUGAUUCCCCUAGGAGCUGCAAUGGCAGCCUGCGCCCAGCUACUGCAGAUCCGUUACCGUGAGAAGAGUGAUGGACUUGUAACAUGCCGUGAUGCUGAAGUCCCCGGGUCCACCGUGGUGCGUCCGAAACGUAAGCUAGACCAUGCCUGGAUGGUUUAUUCGUCUCUCAAUGAUGACACGUCUGAAGCAGAUGCAUCUCAGGUGUGUGAGGCACUUUUGACAUUGCUUGUUGAAGUUGGGCAAAAGAAAAGACACCAGUUGACGAAUAAAGAUGAAUAAUUGCAUUGGCAUCAUAUCUGUACUUUCAAUUUUCAUUGCAAUGGAAUUUGAUGUGUAUAUAAUUUUGGCUUGUGAGAUCACUACUUUUGAUGGGUCGUGGUAAAUUAUAUAAUUCAUAGUAUCAAAAACGGCACCAGUACAUAGAUAGCAAAUUAUAUAGGCGAUGUUUAAAAAGCGAUAAACAGUGGGUGAAGCAGGUUGUUCAUUUACGCCAUUCAUUAAGGGCAGGCCGACUGCGUUUUAAAUUUAUUUAUUUUUGGCCUA